AAGUAGCCCAUAUAUAUAAAUCUAGCCCAAAUUCAUAGAUAUUUUUAUUGACUCAAUUAGUAUUUGGGCAUUUGGAAGCCCAUUUAAUUAAGUAGCCCAUUUAGAUCUAAAUUCAACUCAGCCAUUAAGUAGCCCAUUUAAAUCUAAAUUCAUCUCAGCCAUUGGAUUCACCUUAUAAUAUCUUAAGGGUAGAUUAAAAAAAACCCUCAGAAAUAGCCGCAACAUGUUGAAACCAUCUUCUCCAAUCCCACUGACAUAUUGCAACGGAAAUCCACCGUCCUACUUCGUCCUUCUACUUCUCAGAGCAAAUCAAUGGCGAUCAAGUCCUUCAUUUACAACCCUGUCCAAACCCGCCACACUAGCAUCGUUCUUCGAUCAGCAAUUGCGUCGAGACUCAUCCUCAUAACCCUAAUCAUCCUAUGGAGGUCUCUCUUUAGCCCCUACGACACCUCCGCAUCCAUAAACCCUAAUUGCCUAUCUUCCAACACCACCACCAACCACCCCAUUCGCUUCCCUCACAUCGCCUCCUCAAUCGAGGACGGUAUCGUAUGGGACAGUGUGUACUUUGUACGCAUCGCACAAUGUGGAUAUGAAUACGAACGGUCUUACGCGUUCUUGCCUCUUCUUCCCAUUUGCAUUUCUUUGUUGUCUCGAACAGUUUUUGAGCCAUUGAUUCCACUUAUUGGACAUAGAGCUGUGCUGGGAUUAUCUGGCUAUGUACUCAAUAACACUGCGUUUGUUUUUGCUGCUCUUUGUCUUUACAGGCUUUCGCUUAUUAUUUUGAAGGACCCAGAUUCAGCCUUGCGAGCAUCAAUUUUAUUUUGCUUCAAUCCAGCUUCAACAUUCUACUCAUCAAUAUAUUCUGAGAGUCUGUAUUCCCUGUUAUCUAUUGGAGGAUUAUAUUAUCUAAUGUCUGGUAAAAUUAAUUUUGCAACUCUUUGUCUUGCUCUCUCUGGAUCUGCAAGGUCAAAUGGGGUGCUUAAUGCGGGAUAUAUUUGUUUUCAGACUAUGCAUCAGGCUUAUGAUGCUAUCUUCCUCCAAAAGCAUGCUUUUUUGGCAGUCAAGGUUCUUACUGCUGGAGCUUUGCGUUGUCUGUGUAUUUUUGUUCCGUUUAUUGCUUUUCAAGCAUAUGGAUACUACAAUAUGUGUCUUGGACAUUUUCCAGAUGAACUGAGGGCUUGGUGCAAGGCAAGACUUCCUUUACUAUACAACUAUAUUCAAAGUCAUUAUUGGGGAAUGGGUUUAUUGAGAUAUUUCCAACUAAAACAGUUGCCAAAUUUCCUGCUCGCAUCUCCCAUACUGUCUUUAGUGCUUUGCUCAAUCAUCCAUUAUGUGAAGUUGCAGCCUGAAAUUUUUUUCUCACUUGGUUUUCUAGCUUCUCCUGAGGAUAAAACCUCUUCUGCUGUGCUUAUUUCUUCGGGGGUGGAUGCAAGAUCAAACAGCACUUACUUUUCAGGGAAACUUUCUUCCAAAAUACAGAGAGGCAAAAAUAUAAUGUUGUACUGAAGCGCUUGGUGGGUAACCAAUCAUCACACUCUUCAUUGAUCGAACCACUUAGUUCAUCAUUUUUGCAUGGAUUUAAUUCUUCACAUUGCAAGUGGCUGAACUGUAAAGAAUAAUUUGGGCACUGGUUGAACUAGAUUAUUUUUAUCCUGUACUUUUCAGUUUGUCAUUUAUUCCUUAUAGUAGUGCAUGUACCAUGAUGCUAUCAUGAAUAACAUUUUCAUGUUGGAAGUAUCCAAGUCUGCUGUCCAUUAUUUUAUCACCUACUAUAAUGUUUCCUUUAUUUUCUCCAGUGCAAUCAUUUCAAUUUUCUUGAUUUGAGAUUACAUACAAGAAUACCAUCUAAGAAAUUAAUUUUGUGGAAACAUCAAUUGAUAGAUAUGAAAGUGACAUUGAAUUUGCUUAACUGGCGGAUUCCCUGUGCAAUGUUACUUCCGAGUUGUAUCAGUUAGAAUUCUUCUCUUCUGGUUUGAUAGAAGAUACUUGCGGAUAUUUUUAUUUUCAGCGGUAUAUCUAAUUUCAGGUUUGGGAGAAAAUUUGAUGGGUAUGUAGGAUCAUGGCCUUUUUGUUUGAUUUGGUAUUUUAUAAAGUGGUGAGUUUUUUAAAUUUUGGAGCAAUUCGGAGGGUCUAUGUUGAAGUGGUUGAUAGGUAUCGACAUAACAUUAUGUGUUUUUCCCCAUACACCUAACCUAUGUGAUUUUUAUUUCAGUCGAGUGCAUGAGUUAGCUAGUGCCUAUCCUUUCCUUUUUGUUUAUAGUUUAUUAGAGAUGAUAGGCAACACUAGGAAGUACAAAGUGUAAAACACCAAUUAGUUGCCAAGAAAAACUUGGAAUCUUAUGACUGACUUUCUGAUCGUAUACCACCCUUCCCCUAUCGACUUCCCCAAGCCAAAUCUGUUAUAAUAUGCCAAGUUUUCAUUUAUUUUAGGGUAAAAUGCAAUAAACCCCCCCGAUUUAUUGGCAUUUUGCAACAACCCCACCCUGAUUUAUUGGCAUUUUGCAACAAACCCUCUUGAACUACACCACCCCCACCCCAAACUAUUAAUUUGUUACAAGAAAUCCCCUAAACUAUUGAUAUGUUGCAUUCUGGUAGGUGACUUGGUCAGAAAUAUUAAAAGAUUAGUUUACCCUUAAUUAAAACUACUUAGUUUUGAGAGUUAUACCCUUAAUUGAUGACGUGGCAGUUGAUAAUUUCAUAACCAAUCAAAAUGACAACAACCGCCAACUUUAAUCUUCAAAAAAAAAAAAAAAAAACUUUUGGGAAAAGGAUAACAGGCUUGUACACCCAAGCACAGCCUUAUGCCCUCUGUCACUGUUCAUCUUCUUCCAUACACAUAGUAUCAGGGUGUGGUUGGGGUGUUUAAAAGGUGUUUGGGUUUAAUAGUUACAAUAAGGGGCAUUAGUGUCUUUUCAAAUUCACAAGGGUAUUAUGGUCAUUAAAAUUAUAGUGUAUGUCAUGACUGUCACGUAGUCACUGUUCCGGCAAGAUCCGACCGGAACAAUAAUGGACGGGGCUAUCUGCAAUAAAAUGCAUAGUUCAGGGGGUUAGUUGCAACUUUAGUAGUUCAAGGGGUUAGUUGCUGAUUCCUCAAUAGUUCAGGGUUUUUUAUUUUUUUAACCCUUUAUUUUAUUCCAAGCUUUAAAUAUUUUUUUAUUUAUUAUCUUGGAAAUCAAAUUAAGGACAAGAAAAAAAACCUGAAAACUAUCUGCAAAGAUGGAAGAAAAGGAAAAAGAAAUGAAAACUAAGGAAUCAUAAGUUUUCUCUUUGAUUCAUACGCAAGGUUUGGGAAUUGGAAGGCUUAGUUAUUCAAUGAAAUGUCUUUAGGAAAGCUAUGCCUUGGCAUGAUAAACUUUAGAGGAGGGUAGGGAUCACAAUAUUUGGGGAUUAUAGGGAUGACUGGACUUCUUUUCUGGAGUGGUGAACACUCCUUAUGGAGCAUUGUUUAAAUGGAGAAAGCACAAGGCAAGGUGGAAAACAUGAGGCACUGGAUCAUAAGCUUUUUAAGUUUUGAAUUUUAUAUUUUUAAACAUAGAUUAAUAUAUCAAAAAAUAGUAAAAGCAGGGUAAAAUAGCACAUAAAAAGUAAGCACCAGAAAAGAUAUAUCACGUGUAAAUGUGCUCGGAAGAUAUUUAGGGCAUUUUAGGUCUACUAAAAUGGUUGAUAAGAGAAUAAGUGAUAAACAAAAACCACAUAACAUGAUAUAUAACUAAUAACUACCCAUAAAAGAAGUGAUUGUGAUACACAAAAACUAUAACUUGUCCUCAACGGUUCAUUACUUAAAUUCAGAAAGACCUUUUUAUAAAAUUUACAUAACAAGUUAACAACCUAACAAACUUAGCAAAUAAGAUCACUCUAAAUCUUCCUUGUCUAUAUUGGCAUCUUCCAUCAACAUAUCUAGGAGAGGGUUGUUCCACCUUAUAAUCCCUCCACUUCCUGUAACUCCUCAUCUUCUAGGAUAGGGGAUCAUUCUAGCUUCCUUGCUAUUGGCUUUACUUAAUAAGUAAGGUUAAAACUCAAGGUUAGGAGGCAAAUAAAAAAUUAGUUUGGAGUCUGUAAUUACUCCAGUUCCUCGAUUAACAAGGACAAUACUAGGUAAUGACCCUUAAAAGUCUGUUAUUAUGCUUCUCUUUUAGUCAAGUGUCGCUCCAUAGCAAACUAGAACAUUCAAUCAUUGGUGGUCAAGCCUAUUCCUCCUUUUUGUAUAAAAAUAUAGAUCUACCAAUAACAUAAAAAGAUAAUAUAUAAACAUUACACAUUGUUUACACAUGCACAUUGACACUCGUUUUAAAGAAUUGGAGGACAUAAGUAACUUAUAACCGAUACUAUUACUGCCUAAAAGGUACUCCUGCUCCCUCGCAACAAGUAAUACUACACACGAGACUGAGCACUCAUAUGGGAAACUUGAUCAACUCUUGUCUUAUCUUACCCUUAAGCACAUCCACUAAUCAGCUGAAAAAAUAAAAAGAGCACAUCCACUGAUCAACUUUGUGCAGAAAAGGGGUGCCUGAUCCCUUCCCAUUUUGCAACUUAGUUCCCAAAUGUAGAUGUUUAUAUUAGCAAAUAAUGCACUUCUCUGGAUGGAGUUGUUUUGUAAUUUAUGGUCUUUACAUUGUGACUAGGAUCAAUGUCACGUGUUUUUCAAUUAUUCUUAUUUCCUAGUUAUUUGU